AUGUCUUCUCAAGGCCGACAGCUCAGCUCUCUAGCACCAAAUAUCCAGCCAAAGGAACCCACGAAAAAACCUAACGUACCAUCACCGGCCUCCCUCCUCUGGGCGCAUCAGCUUCACCGCGAACAAAACGCGCUCUCCAUCCAGAUAUCGGAACUAGAGAGUUCACUCAAAUCAUCCAUCACGACGGCCAAUGACUCUAUUCUAGCUAAACUAGACGCGUUCACGGGACAGCUCGAUAGCCUCAGGAACGAGAUUGAGCAAUUGAGACGUGAUGGGGCUGUAGAGGCUGAGAAGCUGGUGGCGUCGUUGGAAGAUAAGUUGAGCGAGAAAUUCAGCGGUGUCGAUGAGAGGUUGAGUACGGCCUUUGGGAGAAAUUAUGAGAUGACGAGUGAGAUGGUUCGGGAGGAGAUUGGGAGGGUUAGAGAUGAGCUUGUUGAUGCCUUCAAGGCGGUUGUUGCUGAAUCAAGGCAGCAACAAAAGCAGCAGCAGCAGGUUGAUACCCCAGAACCAAGACAGAGAACGCCAUCACCAGUUCCAGGGGAUGAGCCAGGCCCAGACCCUGAUAUGAAACAGUCUACGUUGGUAGAGCCAAAUUCUCCAUCCCAGCCGGUAGUUAUCUGGCAGGAUAACGUACAUCCGUUAUCAACCGUCCCUGGUACCCCUAUAGAACCACCAUCAGCUCAGGCCGGGAUGGCAAUUGAUAUUGAAACAAGAGAUAUCAGUUGUCCACCACAGACGGUAGCCAAAGAUACCCAGAUGGAGCCUCCGGAGCUGAUCAUGCAGGGACCGAUUCCGUUGUCAGACUUUCUCGAGCUUGGCUCGGCAUAUAUCACCCUGGGGUAUGUUGAUAGCCAGGUAGCAUUUGCUUUAUGGAAAGGGUUAAACGAGUUAGGUCUGCGAAGGCUGGUAGCCAAAGAGAUGCCUGAAAACCAUGACCAAUGGACAUGCACCAAGUUCGUGGAAGUAGUAAGAAGAUUAGACAGGCAGAAAGCAGGUAUGGAUAAAGAUGCAGAGAAGGCAGCGGUAAAGCCGGUGGAAGGGAGAAUAAAGAGGAGACGUCGAGUGAUCUCGGUAGUUUGGCCGACGGACGAAGAAGGCUGUUAA